UAUUGGCAAAUGAUCUACUGGAUCUUAAUAAAAUAAACAAGCAGUUAUUUACUAUAUAUUUAUUUGGAGAGAAGAUUAAACGAUGACUGAACUAGAGUUAUCCAAUUUAGUAACGAUUAAAUGCAAACAGCAGGCGAUACGUGCAGUACGUUUCAACAUUGACGGUUCUUAUUGCUUAACAUGCGGCGCAGACAAGAAAAUAAAACUCUGGAAUCCACAUCGUCAAUUACUUUUAAAAACUUAUGGAGGACAUGCGAAUGAGGUUUUAGAUGCUGCAGGUUCAUGCGAUAGCAGUCAUAUAGUCUCUUGCAGUACUGAUAAGUCUGUUAUCCUAUGGGAUGUGGCUACUGGCCAGCCUGUACGUAGAUAUCGUGGACAUGCUAGCUCUGUAACUUGCGUAAAAUUCAAUGAAGAGUCAUCUAUGGCUGUCUCUGGCUCCGUAGACAAUACAGUUGCCUUUUGGGAUGUUGUAAGCAGAAGACAAGAACCAGUACAAGUUUUAAAAGAUGCAAAAGACACAAUAACAUCUAUACAAGUUACGAAUAAUGAAAUUUUAACAUGUUCAGUGGAUUGUCAUGUACGAUUAUACGAUAUACGUGUUGGUAAAAUGAUAUCUGAUUAUAUCGGACAAAUAGUAACAUUUGGUAGUAUAACGCAUGAUGGACAGUGUUAUGUGUUAAGUUGUGCAGAUAGUACUGUUAAGUUAUUUGAUAAAGAUUCCGGAGAACUGUUAAAUACUUUCUCUGGUCAUGAAAGUAAAGAUUAUCUUCUAGAAAAUGCUAUUAAUGAGAAAGAUAGUUUAAUAAUAUCUGGUUCUGCAAGUGGAGAGAUAUUGUACUAUGAUUUGAUAAGUAGUAAAUGUGUAAAGAAAUUAAUACAUAAUUUAAAUAAACCUGUUAUAUCUGUUAGUCAUCAUCCUACUGAUAGUUACUUGUUAAGUGCAUGUGAAGAUGAAAUAAAACUCUGGGGAACUAAAUCUAUGGAAGAAUAAUAAACAUGAUGUGAACAUUG